CUGACAUAUACGAAUUACCGUGCCCAAAUCAUAACGAAAACAGAGGGCUGCGUCUACACGAACCAUUUUUAGAACAUGCACUAGAAUUUUAAAUUCCACCGGGCAAACUGUUUCAGUUUUGAAAAUUGAAUGGAUUUCAGAAAAUCUGGACAAAUUUCUCUGAGAGGAUGAUGAAUGAAAAAAAAAACAAUUUCAAGAAAGAUGAAAAUUCAAAGGGAAUAUUUUCGAGUCUCAAAAUGUUUUAAUCAUCGAAUUAUCAAUGGGUUUUUCGACUUUGAUUUUUCAUUUUUAAUUAAAUUUAAACAUUGAAAUCUCCAUCGAUUUUUAACGUUGGGCUAAAUUUUAGUACUGCUCAUUAUCCGCAUAAUCAUCCACUGCAUUCGGUUGGGCAUUUGAAGAAGGCACACAAAAAGAGCGAUUUCUUCGUCCAUAAAAAAAAACCAUGAUCAUUUGGCAAUCAUAUCGAAAAUUAAUGAAUUUGCGGAAUGAAAAAAUAAGCGAGAAUAAAACAUCGGGAUGAUGAAAUAAAACGAAAAACGAUUAUGCAGCCGUGCCCAUAAAAUUGUCAGUUUGAGAUGAUGGAUGAUGGGAAAAAUGCGUUUAUAUGCAUGGCGCUGACUCCUACACUGUCUCUUUCUCUUAGCUAUCCGCUUUACCAGUUUUCGGUGAGCGUUCGAGUUGUUGGGUAGAGUGUUGCCGUUCGUGAAUGUAUAUAUGCACCUAGCCAUACCAUGGCAAAUCGGUGAUUAUAGCGUAAGGCCGUUAAGCCACAAAGCAUAAAGAAUGCGAUUUAAGACAUUCUAUCGGUUUCGGUGAUUGUGUGUGUGUGUGUACGUAUAGUUUGUGCGCAUACAAGCAAGCAUAAAUACAACAUACAUUUAAAUCCUCGAUUCGAUUUCUCAUCCUCAGAGGCAUACACAGCGUAUACACAUCACCGCACAGGCACACGGUGCAGAUAGAGAAUGUGCAGAGACUGACUGAGUCGCAUCUGUUUUGCUGAGUCAAAUGUUAUAUGUAUGAUGACAUAUGUAAGCAUUUCAGCAAGUAAUAUUCAUGUUUCCCCUUGGGAUUUGUUUUGGCCAUUAUGUUCUCUAUUGAAACUUUUAUCAAUUGAUUCAAUCAUCGAGCGCAUCGAUCAAAAAUGCUCCGCAUUCGACUUGGGACGAAGUUAGUCUCUGGUUGGAAAAGAGAAGGAAACAAAAAUCAUGGACAGCGCCAUUUGGUAUGGCCAACGAAGAAGGUGCCAAAAAGUACACAGAGCAGAAGAAAAGAGUUUCUUUAAUUUCGGAAUGUGAAUGUUUCUUCUUUUUUCUCUCGCUUUGCUCGUUCGCUUCACUCACUCGGUAGAUUCGAUGGUUCAGGUUCGAUAUCCGAGCUGUUUGUGAAUGAGCGCGUUAGGUGUAUGAGUGUGUGCAGAAUGAACACGAAGAGCGCACGCAUAACAUUUUACUUGUCUAGAGUCAAUGCAUCGUUUGCUUAUUUCAAUCAUCAUCAACAACAACAACAACAACAGCAGCAGCACAAAUACAACCAACUGCGGCACAUACGCCCGUAUCCAUGUGCACACACCGAGGUGAACGUACAGCCAGUGUAUGCGUGCGUAUGUGUAUCGGUGUGUGUAUAUUAGAUAUAGAUGGGCCUCCGAAGAAGAAAAAAAACACGCACGAAUACACUGUUGCCGUUGUUCGGUGCGCGCUCCUGCUGCUGCUAUUUUGACUGCUUCUAUGUCCAAUGUACACACACACACAUGCAUACACAGCCGCAUGAAAUGAAUGCUAACCAAAUGACGUCUGUGUGUGUAUUGGGUUGUCGAGGCGAGCAAAGAGAAAGAAAAAUAAUAUACCAUUCCCAAAUAUAUUUCCAAUUUUAAAAUGGCCGCCAUCGUAUAGUCGAUGUACAACACACAUCAGCAGUAAGUGUCCAUUUUCAAAACAGGCAACAUUCAUAGUCGUCGACUCUGCAAUACACACAGGCCUGCAAGAGACGUUCUUUCUGUUUCAGUUUAUUUUAUAUUUUUCCUAUUUCUAUAUCUACACUUUUGUGUUGUUUUGUUCGACAAAGUUUGUAAAUUAAAUCAAGAUGGCACAAUAUUGUGCCAUCCAAAUCAAUUGAAAACGGUGCAGUUUGUGCAUAAAGUUUUGUGAAAAAUAAAGAAAAAGAAAAAGAAAAUCCAAGUGAGAAAAAAAAAGUUUAUCAGAAAAAAAAGAGAAGAAAUUUCGAAUCGAACACUAUUUAUGUGAUAUGUGAAUGAAGACAAGAGAGCAGUGAAUCUAUACACAAGAGUACAUAGUGAGCAUAGCGCAGUGAGGAGGAAUAAAAAAAAAGUAUAAAGAACGAAUCAGUAGAAGUUGGUUGAAAAAGAAGAAGAAACAAUCUUUGUGUAUUGAAAAUGGAACAUUAUAAAUAGUUUUUGAAAGCAGCAUAAAAAAAAAAAUUGCAGAGGUGCAAAAUGCAAAUGGUCGUAUGGAUUGAUUGCCGCACAAAAAGCGACCGCAUUUCGAUUGAACAUUUGUGAAUUAGAGUGGAAACCGAUUUGUUUGAAACGAAAAUAGGCAGUAGAAAAAAAAAACCGACUGAUUUCAAAUGAAAGACUUUCUGUGUGGUGUGGACAAAGAAAUAACAACCGAAGAAUAGAAGAUAGAUGAGCACCAACAACGCAGACACAAACACACACAAAAAAAUGAAUGAUAACGUAACAAUGCGACGACAAUGAGUUUAGUUGAAUUAAUCGGGGAAAAAAACGUUCGAGAAAAUAAAUUGCAUCUCUUUUUUUUUGCUCUCUGUGUUUGUGAGUUUUUGUGUGGUGAAUUAAACAGAAAAUAAUUUGCGAGCGCAUCUGAAAUUGAAAGAGAGCAGGCUCAUCUCCGGGUUGUGGGAAACCGACCGACUCUGCAGGUGCAGCUCAUUAGUGCGCGUUUCGACACCAUUUUAGCCAAGCCAAGCGAGAGAGCUUCACAAUCUCGCAUUCACACUCAAAAGAAACGCCGGUCCGAAAGAAGUCGAGAAAACGGGAGAAAAAAAAAGUAGUCGAAAAUUCGCGGUUUCAUCAAGUGUAACAGUGUAUAUCAAUAAAAAAGAAAACACAAUUUAAAUAAAGAAAAGAAGAAGAAGAAGAAAAAAGAACGACGACAACAAAUUCUUGGUCGAUGCGCUCAUUUUCCCCAGAGAGUAGCAUUCAUCGUCAUCGAAAUUGUGGAUAACCGUGUUUUUAGCUCGGCAAGUGGCUGCCACAGCCAUUUGUGAGUGGAUAUAUUUGCCAUCAUUUCAACUAUGAAAUCCGCCUCGAAAAUGUCAAGCCUUCAUAAUGAACCCAGCUACGACCUCAUACACACCGAUUGCCAUCACACAGCAACAGCAACUACAGCAACAACCACACAUCAUCGAUCGAUGAACCAACGAUAUGAUGUACAAACAACAACAGCGACAACAACAAAAACACAUUCAAUUUCAACUGCCAAACAGCCAAAAUGCGCUUCACAUGACAAAUCGGUUGUCAAACGCGGUCGUACAUUAGAUAAAUCAUCAGAUUUUUUGCGAUGGCACAAAACGAAAUUGAAAGCAUGCGGCAACGAUGGAGGUGGCUACAGCAGCAACAGCAACAGCAGCAUCAACCAUCGGCAGCGCCACUGGCAAUGGAUGCAAUCAUCGUACUACAUUCUCGUGAUAACUAUUGUUCUAUUCGCAUCACUGAGUGAGCUAUUCAUAUGUGUGGCACAUGCUAACGACAUAAUACGGGCCAGCGAUGUAGAUGAUAAGAGCAACAACCAAAAAUAUUCGGAUUUGGGCAUUACAACCGAUCCAUUGGCAGCGGCACGUGAUGGUGGUGCAUCGAUUGCAUCGGGAGGCGGCGUCGGCAGCGGCAGCGGCAGCACCAGUCGAAAUAAUCCAGGCCAAUUAUACAAUUUGGAUCGAAUCGGCAGCAAUUUGGAAUUGAACCUUGCUGCGGUUUUCAAUAAAGUUGCCUACGGCACCACAACCAAACGAAGCAUUUCCGACAACGUAUUCGUUCCGACACUAACCACCGUUCCAACGCCACAAUUAACCACGUUCCGGUAUCGUGAAAAAGAAAAGGAAUUCGAUCCAAAGCAACAAGCGCAUCAUCAGUAUCAGCAGCAUUUAUCAUAUCAAAAGCAUUCGAAUUUCAAUAAUAAAUACUCACUCGAUUUGGAGCAUGACCAUGCAUUACCGACAUCAGCACCGAAUGCGGAUAUUUUGAAGAGCAACAGCAAUCCAACAUAUCCGAAUCCAAAUCGACAUCAUAACCAUGGCCAUCGAGCUCAUUUGAAUUCAACACCAGCACCAGCAGGUCAUAAUUUACUGAACAAAGGUCAGGCGACCAUACCAAUGUUUGCGGCCGAGUUACCAUCGUAUUCGCCGCCAGCUCGUUCAUUUUUAACACCACGCGUGCCACCAGAAUAUCCACAAAAUCCGUUUGCCGAGCAGCCAACGCUGCGCGGUACAAACAGUGAAAGUGGUAUUAGUUCUGGUUUCAAUAUCAAUCGACGUCCGAUUCCACCACCAAGUCUUAUGCCUGGACAUGAGAAAAUCCCGUUGCGACCACCAGAUCUUAUACCUCCACCACCCAGUAAUAAUAAUAAUAAUAACAAUAACAAUAAUAAUAAUAAUAAUAUUGCGAACGAGCCGAAAAAUAAACCUCCCGUUACCGACAUGGAUCGAAAGAAGGUAUUAAAUACACCGGCUCAGAAACUCAAUCAAAAUCGAAUCAAUUUGAAUCAAGCGCCAGUAAACACAACGACUGAUAUAGCUAACAAAAGUGGUGGCCUUCAUUUUCCGAGCAUAUUUCGCAUUCUCUCAGGUACAAACGGUUUAAAUAGCGAUUUACCCGAUAUUCUAUUGAAAACCGUAACGGCUCAUCCAACGGAAGUGCAAUCCGAGAUGCCCACCCAUGAAAGUGGACUGGAUAAAAAUGGUUCAAACGAUGAUGGUGGCGUCGAUAAGGCAUCAAAUGACAAUGAUAACGAUGGUGAUUUUUCGCAUAAUGAUGACAAUACCGAUGAAAAUACCAGUCCCGAAGAGGAUUUCGAUUCGACCACAUUCAAUGGCGAAGAGCCAAAAAUGCAACCGAAAAUCAAACAGGGAACCACGACUACAGGACAGAAGGGCCCAAGCACAAAGAAAACCAAUGUCAUCACCGAAAGUCCAAUGCACCAAAGCGAUAUGGUGUAUUCAACGCAAAUCAUACAAAAUUUAGCGGCCACCAAUCCAAAUGAGAAUGGUAAUAAAAAGGUGAAACAAACGACAACAACGGUGCUGGGCAAUAGCAAAAUUACAAAUGAACGAUCCACAUUGACCACGUGGACGGUGGCAUGGAAUAUUCAUGUGUAUUUAUCGGCCAUUCUGUUCACCAUUUUGGCGGUGUAUUCAAUUUUCAAAAUGAUUUUCUACGAUAAACUGACGCAUCUAGUGAAUCAAAGCUACUUCAUUACAUUGCAUCUGCUAUUGAUAAUCAUUUGUUUGGCGCGCAUAUUUUUCCUAUGCUACGACGCAUACAAUAUCCAUUUGAGUUUUCAUUUAUUCAUUUCGGAGUUGUUGCUCAAUUUGCCCGCCACCUUUUUGACCAUUUCAUUUUCGGUGUUGAUUUUAUUUUUGCUAUUGCGCAGCCUAAAUCACAAGAAUAAUCGAUACUCAGCCUUGAUGCGACCAUUGACUGUUGUCGUUGGCAGUUCGGUUCAUGUAUUCCUCUGCGUAACACUGCACUAUGUCGAAAGCUAUGGCCAGCAGCAACGUAAUCAACAGAUUCAACAGCAGUUGCUACGCAAUACCGAAGGAUAUCGUGGCAAUCAGAAUUAUGUGUAUCAACCACCCCCACGCGUUCUAUCGCUCAUCUGUCAACUCAUUUACAUAUUCAUUUGCCUCAGUCUGGGAAUAUUCUACCUCUACAUUUACAAGGUGUUGAAGCGUGUACUCCAAAAGAAAUCACAAAAUUAUAUUCAUGGCUAUCAAAAUUUAUCGUAUGCCAUUCACAUCACCAUUGCCACAGCGUUGUUGUUCAUUCUAUUGGCCGCAUUGCAAAUCUAUGGUGCCAUCAGUAUAUCGACCACACGGCCGAUAAUGUCAUCUCUAUCGGACAACGAUUGGCUACAAUGGGGUUAUCAAUUUUCGUUGCGUUUAAUUGAAAUUGCGAUAAUUGCAUUGCUGUCGUGGGUGACCGGCCUGAAGACGGGCACCGCAAAGGUGAUGCAACGUGACAAAGUCAUGGAACAACACAACGUAUCCGGUUUUGCACUGUUCCCAUGCACAUCGUCCUCUAGUCAAGAGCAUUUCGAAACCGAUUAUCCGGCCAUUUGUAAUGCAAACACCAAUCUGCAUUCGUACACAUUGCGAACGGGAAAACCCAUUUACGACGAUACAUUCGCAUUGAAUUCGCUCGGUAUGGAAAAUCCGGUGCCAAUGGUUGGCGGUAAUCCACAAAUACAACAGCAUCAUCAUCAUCAUCAUCCGCAUAUGAAUACAAUGGGCAAAGUUAAUCAAUAUCCGAAAAAUGGUCAAGAAUAUCAAGUGCAAUCGAAUAUGAACGGACCAGCACCACCACCGUUGCCGAGCGGCAAUGAAUCCGGUAUUUAUGAGGGGCAAAUGGGCACACUGUCCAAGCAAACAAAUCGAACGACACCAACGUAUCCGGAUCCACGUGGUGCUGAUCAUUUAAAUGACAGCGGCACCAUACCAGACCAUUAUGAAAAUCCCAACUUUGAACUACAUUCCAAUUCGAACAGCAACUAUCGCAAGCAACAAGCGUACAUGGAUAAUUGCUAUACCGAACCCAUUAACGCCGAAAUGAUGUACAAUUCCAAAGAUGCGCCCAGCAGUUAUGAUUUCCAGAAUUUCGAGCGUCCAAAUUAUGCUGAUCGAAAUUUGAUGCAGCCGGGCAGCAGUGCCACGGAAUUCCGUGCAUCGAAGAAUCUCAAAGCAUUGGUAAAAAGUAACAGCGGCAACUAUGACCCACAGAAUCAACAACUCAAACAGAAUAAUUUAAGCGUGGGCGGUGGUGGUGGUGGCAAAGUAUCACAUUAUCCACCAACUCACAGCUACAAUUCGUUCGAUCGACGGGGACAACGGAAAAGCGGUACACGAACAUUGAAUGCAGUGCGUUCGUCACAACAGUAUCAGCACGAUUAUCACCAGAAUAAUAACAGUAAUAAUAUGUGGCAUCGAACAUCGGCUGGCCGAUCAUCAAACAAUUCGGCCAAAGAUCAGCGUCAUCAAACGACACGUAGUAAUAAUUUUUUAGCCACCGCGCCCAAUGAUAAUAACAUCAAUAAUGUGGACAUGGAUGGCAUGGCCAAUGAUUUUGAUACGGUGAGUAAUGCGAGUAGCGGUGAUGGUGGUGGUGUUCGUGCCCUAAACUACAAUCCAGAUAUGGUACUGUUUAAGGCCGGUCAACGUAACAGUGACCAUUCAAAUGGUGAUGCAAAUGCACAGAACAGUGCAAGCAGCGGUGAUUCAUCGACAUCGAUGCUGGUUGCCGAACAUGGAUUUGUACGCUUCCGACCGAUGGAGAAUCUACAGCAGCACCAGCAACAGCAGCUGCAACAACAACAACAACAACAACAAAAAGAUAAGAAAGAAUCAAAUAGUGAUAACAACAAUAAAAAUAGUCCAGCCAUUAUGCAACGGCAUCACAAACGAUCAUUAACAAAUUCGUAGUGUUUAGGGAGCAAAGACGAAGUAUAAACAUUUAAAAUAUAUAUACAUACACACACAGAGAGAGAAAACAGAUAAAUAACGAUGAACAACUACAACAGACAAAAAAAAACAAGAAAAC